AUGUUUGAUGUUGCUGAACGUCUUUGGGAUCUGCAGACAGUGCGGAUGGAACGGCAGUGGAAUGAACCAACAGGCUUCGAAGAUCAAGAGGACGUUUUAGAGGCCGUUCUACAAAUUCUGCAUGGCCGUAGGGCCACAGUGGAGACGGAUGGCAAGUCUCGGAAGCGCAAGGGUGCUUUGGAUGAUGCCGACAAGGCCUUUCUACGUGGUCUCAUGCGAAGGUAUGGCUUGGAACUGAUAGAUCAUCCGGAAAAGCCGUGUCUGUGGCAGGAAGUGUUCACCAAAGCAGAUUUUCUGCAGACACUGUGGUUCGUCAUACAGCGACUUCUGCAUCCACGUGCAUCUGGCGAGUUGACGGCUCUGCGUUGCCUCCAUCAACCUGAUCGCAUUGCUGCACUUAGAGCUUCCAGGAGUCGGGGCGUUGAAUGUAGAGGGGUAAAUUGUUUGGAAGCCGCUGGACUGGAAGACACACAGUCAUGA